AUGGCCAAUCCACUUGAUACAGAUGCCGGCUCGGAGCUGUUCAGCAGCUAUGAGGCAGAACUGAAACUGGUUCAGGCCGAUUUGAACCAGAAAUUAGAUCAGAUUGCAGAGACUACCGGGGAACAACGCAAGUCUGCUAUCGGACAGGCAGAGAGGGCGCUAGAUGAGGCGACUGAACUGUUGGACCAAAUGCGCAUGGAGAAACAGAACAUCCCCUCCGCCGCCCGCUCAAAAGUCAACGUCCGCUUCCGCAACUACUCCAGCGACAUCGAUGAACUAAAACGCAAACUCAAAUCCCUCUCCGACGACCGCCGCGCUCUCUUCGGAGAUCGAUAUACAGAUGACCCCGAAGCUGGCGAUGUGCACAUGGAACAGAGACAACAACUCCUGUCGGGUACGGAACGGUUAGAGCGCAGCUCGGCUCGGUUACAGGAGAGUCAACGACUUGCCCUUGAGACAGAGGAUAUUGGCCGUGGUACAUUGGCAGAUUUGCAUCAGCAGCGAGAGACGAUUGAGCGGACGAGGCAGAAUUUGCAUCAGAGUGAGGGUUAUGUUGAUACGAGUAUUAAGACGUUGAGGGGCAUGGCCCGUAGGAUGGCUACAAAUCGGAUAAUCACAAUUGCGAUUAUCACUGUGUUGAUCCUUUUGAUUUUUGCUGUUAUCUACAGCAGUUUCCGUUAG